GCGCUGUGCAGCCGCUGCCGCAUGGCGGCGCUGCCCACCGCGUUUUGGCCGGCGGAAACGAGGUGUCCGCCAUUACUGCCCGCACGCCCGCGUCCUUCCCGCUGCCUCCUUCAGGACGCCAGGGCCCCGCCAGUACCGCGGGUUGUCCAAAAGUUGUUGCCUGCGGGAAUUCUCGAUGGGCGGAGCGGGGAGCUGUCCGAAAAUUAGAAUUUCUGGGAGGUGUCGGUGGGCGGAACGCGGGGAGCGAGCCACUGGACUGGGGGAGCUGAAUGGGGGCGUACCGAGGCAUUGAGGGGGAGCGCUUUAAGCGACGGACCGCGGCGCCGAAAGAUGGCGGCGGUGCCGAAGGUGCUGUGCUCGGAGAAGGGAGUGUUGCUCAGACAGGUGUUGGCCCUCAGCAGAGGAGCAACAGCCAGAGGAAACCUUCUGUGUGCUGCAGGUGAUGCACUCCUGGCUCCCCACAGGUCCUACAGGUCCCGACCCACCCAUGGGAUUGGGAGGUUCAAAUACCUGCUCCCAAAGGAGGCUCCAAAGAGGAGGAAGGAGAAGGUGCAGAUGAAGGAGAUCAGUGCUGGCACUGAGUACCAGUAUGGAGACAUCAACAUCCAGAUGACUUCCCAUGACCUGUGCCUGGUGGAGCACUUUGCUCAGUAUGUGCACAGGCUCUGCAACCGCCUCUGCAUCCGGGUCAAUGAGAGCUACGCCAUGCCCACCAAAACCAACGAGGUGCUGCUCCUGGAAGAGAGGGGAUCCAAAAUGCAGCUGGAUGCAGUCCUUACCACCCACCAGAGGGUUGUCCAGAUCCGCGGUUUGAGCUCCACGUUUGCUCCCAUCCUGCUGGAGGUCAUCCAGAGCAGCCAGCCUGAGGGGGUGCACCUGCUGAUGAAACAGCACACGGAAGCCGAUUUCAAGAGCCGGCUGAAGGCUCGACCAGAGCUGGAGGAGCUGCUGGCAGAGAUGUCCUGAGGUGAGGAGCAAUGUGCUGCCAUCCAUGGGCUGUUCCAGCCUCCAGAGGGUGCCUCCAUGAGCUCUGUCCUGGUAACUUUGUGAACUGGGAGGAAUUCCCACUCUUGGCAACCAGCUUGUCUCAGUAAAAAUAAACUAUGUGUUUAUAUCUCA